UGUUUCAAAGAUGAUCGCAUUGUGUUCUGGACUUGGAUGUUUUCUACUUAUUUCAUGGAGAAAUUGGCCCCCCGGCAGGAUGAUAUGCUCUUCUAUGUCCGCCGAAAGCUAUCCUACGUUAGUGGCGAUAGCACAGAGGGAAAGAAGCAGGUUGAAGUUGAAGUUUACCGUAGGGAUUCUAAGAAGCUUCCUGGCCUGGGUGACCCAGACAUCGAUUGGGAGGAGAGCGUCUAUCUGAACCUCAUCCUGCAGAAGCUGGACUAUGUGGUCACCUGCGCGGUGUGCACUCGCUCAGAUGGAGGAGAUAUUCACAUUCACAAAAAGAAAUCUCAGCAAGUAUUUGCAUCUCCAAGCAAACACCCAAUGGACAGCAAAGGAGAGGAAUCAAAGAUCAGCUACCCUAACAUAUUCUUCAUGAUUGAUAACUUUGAAGAGGUGUUCAGUGACAUGACCGUGGGGGAAGGCGAGAUGGUCUGCGUGGAGCUAGUGGCCAGUGACAAAAGCAACACCUUUCAAGGAGUGAUCUUCCAGGGAUCCAUCCGUUAUGAAGCACUCAAGAAGGUCUAUGACAACAGGGUGAGCGUUGCAGCUAAGAUGGCUCAAAGGAUGUCCUUUGGCUUUUAUAAGUACAGCAACAUGGAGUUUGUACGGAUGAAGGGGCCCCAAGGUAAAGGACAUGCAGAGAUGGCAGUGAGUCGAGUUUCAACUGGAGACACUUCUCCAUAUGGAACGGAGGAAGAUUCGAACCCAGGAUCCCCUGUGCAUGAGAGAGUCACUUCCUUCAGCACACCACCGACCCCAGAGCGCAACAAUCGGCCAUCCUUUUUCUCCCCAUCCCUCAAGAGGAAAGUGCCCCGAAAUCGGAUCGCUGAGAUGAAAAAAUCCCAUUCGGCAAAUGAUAGCGAGGAAUUCUUUCGAGACGACGAUGACGGAGAUCUGCAAAAUGCUUCGAAUCUAAGGUCACGGUCCUUAUCUGGAACAGGACGGUCUCUGGUUGGCUCAUGGCUGAAGUUAAACAGAACAGAUGAAAACUUUCUACUCUAUGCACAUUUAACCUAUGUCACUUUGCCACUGCAUCGAAUUUUAACAGAUAUUCUGGAAGUGCGGCAGAAACCAAUUCUGAUGACAUAGCAGAGCGCUGGGCACUGCCUUGGAAUUUUGCUGCCAAGUGCCUAUCCAUGAUGGUUUUCUGUGACAACGCUACCAUCUAGUGUCAGGAACAUAAACCUACACAGAAAAAAAGGGAAGUUAAGAAUACCAGCCAAUCAAAGUGCCUCUCUUUUCCUUCCUCUGCUGUCAUGCACCAUCUGCACACAAUAGUAAUACAUCUCUUUAUAGUGUUCUGACUAGAGGACUUUCAAAAACAAAACCAGAAGGGGCUGUGUUUAAAAACAAAAUCAAUGCUUUAUGAACAAUUUGUUACCGUGUUUACUUUAUAACUGAGAAACCAACAUGUACAGAAUGUGUUGAACUUUAUUUUCGUUGAGAGAAACAACUUUAGGAUUUCAUAAUGAUGUACCAAUGAACUUUGUUCAUAGACUCUUGUCCAUGCCCUCCUUGUUAUAAUGGCUUUGUGUGCAUGUGUUUUGGGAUGCAAGGGACAACAGAAUAUUUUACUAGUCAGAAGGGGUAAGGAAAGAGAUGCAACCAAGAUGUGUUGCCAUUGUGGUAUGUGCAGUUGGUCAGGAUGGAGCUAAAAUAAUGCUUUUAAUGCUCUAUUUCUGUUGGUGUGUCGUUCCUGAAUUCCUAAGACAGCUUUAUUCCGUGAUGACCGUUUCCCCAUUUACCAAAGAACAGUGAAGACUUCCUGCUCUAGAAUGGUCUAAGGGAAAGAGCCAACAUACGAGGGGAAGAAAAUGCUGCUCUAGAAAAUCUGUAGUCCAGUUCCAGUACUGCUGCUGCUAUGAUGUAGGAGUAAACCCAAGUCUUAAUGUAUAGAGCAAUGGGAGAGCAUAACUAGACUCCAGUACCAAAUACGUUCAGAUUAUUAUUAUCCUUCUGCACUCGCAGGACUGCAGCGUAACGAGUUCUCCUCCCAGAAGCUUUUGACUGACUCAGCAAUUUCCCUGGAUUCUAUGUUUGUUAGUUUCUGUGAUGAUUCACUGUACUGAGGCACAGAGGGUUUUCUUUAAAGACAAGCUUAAGUAUAGUUCUUCUCUGAAAAGUAACUGAAAUGACCUUGUGGGAGGCUUGUAGUUGUGUGCUGUGUUUAGCAGUAAUGCAUGUUUUUCUAAAUAAUAGCCCUGUAAACUUCUCUGGGAAUCUGAAAGUUCAAUUGGUAAAUACUCUGCAACCAGCAUUCAGUUAACAAUUCUGAUGGGGGAGCCAGAAUAUAGCAUAGUUCCCUUUCUUAGCACUGCAGAGCCAAUGCAGUAACUGGCAGACUCUAAAAUACACACAGGAAAGAGAUCAGUUGAGAGAGCAGAUACCCUUCUUAGUUACUUUUCAGGGCUUGUCUACAUGUAUAAACAAGCCCUCAGAAUAUAACCACCCUAGGCUCCAUGCUGGCACUGCCGUUACCAGCAUGGCAUGUGCUUAAAGCCUAAAUCUUUGGUUUUCCCCUUGACCUUUUCCCAAACUGCUUUGUUGUUAUUCUCUCAGUAGCAUCAGGCGACUUUCAAAUAAAGCUUUUCAGCUUGGUUUCUGCCCAGAAUCCAUGGAAACGGUUCCACUACAGCUUAAAGGUAGACUGUAUCUUUAUUGCUCACCCAGCAUGAUGGCUCCAUCUGGUAAGAAGUACUUGUCAGUCUGUUUAUAGUUACACUUUAAACCUAAAUUAGAAUAUGCAUUAUUGGAGCCUAAGACUGGAAAAAGUCAACUUAAUGCAAAGUGAUGGUAUUUCUAACACUGGCAAUGUGAACACUCUACAAGAGACUGUAGGCCAAUUUCCCAUUCACUUUAGUCAAACUAUUUCAGCUUUAAGUAACUCAUUAACCAGUAAAGUUUAUUUUGUUAGUGCUAACCAAUAUUAUUGCAGGUUAGAGACUGUCUUAAACAUUGUUCCUCCCAUCCCUGUGUCAAGAAUUAAAUCACUUUUGGCAAGAGAGCAACCUCCAGUCUUUGUCUUGAGCCUCUUAAAAUGCCCUAAUUCUGCACUUUCGUACUGCUGGGCUAAGCAAAUCGAUGCAAUUUUCCUUUAACUGUUUAUUGCAGUGGGGAGGGAGAAGAGAGAGAACAUUUGUACUUCUAGAGGCAAUUGGAACAUUUGAACCAAAUACUCUGAGAUUAGUAAAUAUUAUGAAUAGGAAAAUUUACCCAUUUGGAAAUGUGACUUAGGUGUCUGAGUACUGUUCUGUCUCCAG